UUUUCUAUUUAUAAGCAUUAAAAAAGUAAAAUGACAAAUGAAGAAAAGGAAAAAGCUGAGAACAGUAGAUUGAUUAAUCAAGAAUUUGGUCAAAAGAAGAAGUAUGACAAAAAUUUUAAAGGUCCAAUAAAAGAUCGAGGAUGUACCGAUAUUAUUUGCUGUGUGUUGUUUUCUAUUUAUAUGAUUGGAAUGAUAAUUGUUGGUAUUGUUGCUUAUAUGCAAGGAGAUCCUAAACGGCUGCUCUUCCCUACAGAUUCAAAUGGAAAAGUAUGUGGUGUGGACAUAAUAGGAAAAAGCUUUCUUCAUUAUUUUGACCUGACAAAAUGCAUAACCAAAGGUACAGCAGAUCCAUUAGUGUAUGCCAAAAAUGGUUUGGCUUGUCCUACUCCAAAGGUUUGUGUUUCUAAAUGUUCACAACUGAAUGCUGCUGGAUUUGAUGUUCCAUUUGAUGAAAUGGUUUGUAUUACUGGUGUACAGAUUUUAAAAAACACAUCAAAUACAGAAAAAAAGCAACUUGUUCAGGCUGGAAAGUGUUCUCCCUACUACUUACAAAGUAAACCAGUGUUCUAUCGGUGUGUGCCAGAGAUGUUUGCAAAUGCAAUAACCUCUCUUGGAAUUAUCAACAUAGAUGGCACAAAAGUAAAUGGAUCUAACAUUGAACUAGGAAAAGAUGCAUUAAAUAUCUUGCUAAACUUCAGAAAUCUUGGCAUGCAGAUUGCUGACGAGUUAAAGGUGGUUUGGGUAUGGAUUUUAAUUGGCCUAAUCAUAGCAAUGGUGGCAUCAAUGUUAUACAUAAUAUUAGCAAGAUGGAUUACAUUUCCCUUAGUUGUAUUUACUUCAUUAGGUGUACUCGGUUUAAUUGGUUAUGGUAUUUACUAUUCGUUUGCAAAAUAUAAGUUUUUAGUGGAUACAAAAUCAAGUGUUGAUAUUGUUUGGAGAAUAUCUAUCAAAUUAAGUGAUUUUUCUGCUAACAAAAAUGCUUGGCUUAUACUAGGAAUUACUUUAGCUGUUAUUUUCCUUAUUUUGUUUCUUAUAAUGAUUUUUUUGAUCCAUCGUGUGAGAAUUGCAUGUGAACUUAUUGCAGAAACAAGCAGAGCUGUUUGUUCCAUGCUAUCAACUUUGUUUUUUCCCUUGUUGCCAUGGAUAUUGCAAAUUGCAUGGUUUGGGUGGUUUAUAGUUGUUUUAUUAUUUCUUAUGUCUAAUGGAAUAAAGCAAUACCAAGUUUCUGCUGAUGAUAAUACUUAUAAUUUGACCAUGGGCAAAGCAUGUAAUUUAGACACAUUCUCCUCUUUGUACCCCAAGACCAAUGUUACGUGCUUGUUUGCAAAGUAUACAGAAAAUGUUAAUCUGUUUCGUUUUCAAGUCUUUCAUUUAUUUGGCUGGUUGUGGGGAUCACAGUUUAUUAUUGCAUUUACGGAGUGCAGUUUGGCUGGUGCGUUUGCUUCAUAUUAUUGGGCAAUGCGUAAACCACAGGAUAUUCCAUCAUUUCCUGUUUUUGGAGGCAUGUGGAGAUCUCUCAGCUAUCACACUGGUUCUCUAGCAUUAGGAGCAGCCAUUAUUGCAAUUGUUAAACUAAUACGAAUAACACUAGAGUAUAUUGAUCGAAAAUUAAAAGAGAACACUAACAAUCCGGUUGCAAGUUUCAUCAUGAAGUGUUUAAAAUGCUGCUUUUGGUGUCUUGAGAAAUGUUUGAGGUUCUUAAACAAAAAUGCUUAUAUAAUGAUAGCUGUUUAUGGUCGGAAUUUUUGUGUUUCUGCAAAAGAAGCAUUUAGUUUGUUAGUCAGAAAUCCAGCCAGGGCUUUGGCUAUAAAUGGCAUUACUGGAUUUAUUUUGUUUCUUGGUAAAAUACUUGUUACUGGAGGCGUAGGUGUUGGAAGUUUUUUCUGGUUUGGAAAAUACAACGCAUUUCAACCUGAUAAACUACAAUAUUCUAUUGCUCCAAUUCUGAUAUGUACAAUUGGAGCGUAUCUUGUGGCGAUGCUUUUUUUCAGUGUCUACGACAUGGGGAUCGACACGCUCUUCCUGUGCUUUUUGGAAGAUCUUGAACGCAACGAUGGUUCGGCUGAAAAGCCUUAUUUUAUGUCUAAAGAAUUGAGAAAUAUUAUGGAUGUCAAAAACAAGCCCGCGCCAAGCAAUGACAUUUCAAUGUCCCCUAAACAAACAUUUAAUAUUUAAAAGUACUUUGUACUUAUUUGUGAUUUUCAAGAAUUUUAUUAUUAGGUUUUUGAAAUAUUUUAUAGCAAGUUAUCUUUUAUAGCAGUUAUCUUUUAUAGCAUCCAUCUUUUAUUUGUUUAUUUAUGCAGUUUAUUUAUGGUUUUUAAAUACUUUUAGAUUUACUUGGAUUUUUGUGAUUAACAGGAAAAAAUUUCUGAAAUAUUUUUAUUCCAUAUAUUCCCUUUUUUUAGAAAAAUUUGUAGGAGAGUUUUUUUUAAAAAGAAAUAAAGAAACUUCAUUUUAAAAAUUUAAUUGUUUUAAUGCAAAAAUGUAAAAUAUUUAGUUUGUUCAUUACACUACCUGAUUUUAUUAUGUAUUGUUUUUUAUAUUGUUAUAAAAAUUUUUA